AUGGGCGCGUCGCUGUCGCGGCGCGGGGCGUCGCCCGUCGAGGGCGCGCCCGAGGCCCCCGAGGCGCCCGAGGCCAAGCGCCCCUCGAGGGAGGAGGUGCAGUUCACGCGCGUGCUGGAGGACGGCCACAACGUGACCGCGAUCCUCGCCUUCGCGGGCUACCGCAACGUGCUCACGCUCGAGGCGCUCUGCCCGCGCGCGCGGCGCCUGAUCCGCGGCGCGCGCGUCGAGCUCGACGUGUCCAACGAGACGAACCUGGUCGUGGCCGUCAAGGCCGCGGCGCGCGCCGAGCUCUUCGAGGCGCGGCGCGCGGGCGCGAUCAACGCGGACACACGCUUCCACUUCUCGUUUGCAGCCGCCGACGGCCGGCACUGCGCUAGCGACGUCGUCUACCGCGACGACCGCGCGCUGCUGCUGGCCCACCCUGGAAUACUUCAUCUCUGCCUCCACGCCUGA